AUGCCUCAGUUUGACGACUCUGAUGGUGAUAACGGUCUGCUUGCGACUGGUUCUGCGGGCGAAAGCAAGUCGACUAGGCGCGGCAGAUUGGGUGAUGGUAGGAAGCAUGAAUCUCGAUAUGGACUUGGAUUGCCACUAUUAUUGCGACCCAAGCCCAAUUUACCGACAUAUACAAAGCUAAACUACGCCGGUCGUCCAUUCUACCAGCUCGGUAUUGCUGGGUUCAAAGCCUCGCUCUGUCUGAGCUAUCUUCGUUUAUUAUCUGGAACAUCGAAAACACUAUAUCGCAAUAUGAUCUGGCUGGUAAUUGGAGGCUCAUCUUUGGGACAUUUUGGAGGCGCGUUGGUUUUGAUCUUUAAUUGCACACCAGUUCAAAAAGCUUGGAAUACAUCUGUCAACGGAACUUGUCUACCAAUUGGCCCUACCUUCUACGCCUUAGCCAUAGUAACGAUCGUCUUCGAUGUGAUCAUCAUUAUAUUACCGAUUCCAGUUCUCCUACAACUCAACAUCAAACCGGCACAGAAAGCAGGCGUGGUUUGCUUAUUUUUAUUGGGAUUUUUCACCACAACAUGCUCAAUUCUUCGACUGUCACAAAUUCAUCGGGUGGCUUUUGGUGAUGGAGACUCUACAAUGCUGGUCCUGUGGGGCACCAUUGAAUUUAAUGUCGGGAAUAUCAUGACCUGUGUUCCAUACCUGGCACCACUUCUCAAAAGCUUUGUGCGCGACUUCCGCUCAACCAGUGGUCGCAGAUACUACUACGACAGCAAUGGACGCAGCUAUAUCAUGGAAAAUUGGUCGAAAAACCAGCGCUCACACUUACAAUCGAACGUAUCGGGUCCAGCACACCCAAAACGAACACCGAGCGAAGAGUUAAUUCUCGCUAGCCGCGAACCUUCCCACGGUGGGAUCGAGAUGACAGUGGAGUAUCGGGUAGAAAAUGAAUCAAUGCGAGGAUCCAGCAGAGGGUGA